ACCAAAACGCACACACCCCCACUUCAACUAAAUUAAACCACUCCCAAAUAUCACACUCACCAUCUAAACUUUUUCUCAAUAUCAAUCAAAAUCAAAAUCAAAAAUAAAAAAACAAUUCAUUCCAUUAUUAUGGCUUCCAUUCUCCCUUAUCUUUCCCAAUUUCCACCCUUCUCUCUCUCCCUUUCCACCUCUCUCACUUCAAGCUCCUCAGCCCCCUUUUCCUAUGACCCCAUUCCAUUUCCAAAUCACCGAUCCUAAUUCCAAUUCCAAUUCCACUCCCACUCCCAUCCCCAUUCCUUCAAUUUUUCCUAUCACCCUUCCCCCCACUUCCUCAUGAAGAGGAAUUUCCGAGACAACUGCGCCGGAGGAGCUGUCAAGGGUGAGUGCUCCUCAAUGCCCAACGGCAAGGCCAAGAUGUGGGAGGAAGACCGCCACCAGCAGGGAGGAGGGAUGGAUGAGUUGCUCGCGGCGUUGGGCUACAAGGUUCGUGCUUCCGACAUGGCAGACGUCGCACAGAAGCUUGAGCAGUUGGAGAUGGUCAUGGGGAGUGCCCAGGAAGAGGGAAUUUCCCACCUCGCUUCCGACACCGUUCACUACGACCCUACGGAUCUCCAUUCAUGGGUCCAGAGCAUGUUGGCCGAACUCAACCCCGAACCCACCAACACCAUCCUCGAUCCCUCCUCCUUCUUGAUCGAAAACCCCUCCCACUCUUCCUCCGUCCUCACCUCCAACUCACGCGUUUUCAACGACGACUCCGAAUAUGACCUCAGAGCCAUUCCUGGAAUAGCCGCAUACCCUCCUCAAAACACCACAAACAACAACCCCACUGUUCACACCACCACUGCCACAACCACCACCACUGGCACCAAAGCCGUGGAAGAAAUCGAAACGACCAGCAACAAGCGCCUCAAGGCUUCCCCAAUUGAAUCCUCAGAGUCCGCUUCGGAGCCCACGCGCCCUGUAGUCCUCGUUGACUCGCAGGAAGCCGGCGUGCGUUUGGUCCACACUCUCAUGGCGUGCGCGGAGGCCGUCCAGCAGGAGAAUCUGAAGCUGGCGGACGCACUGGUAAAGCACGUUGGCAUACUGGCUUCGUCUCAAGCCGGCGCCAUGAGGAAAGUGGCGUCGUACUUCGCCCAGGCCCUGGCGCGUCGAAUCUACGGCAUCUUCCCGGAGGAAACCCUCGAUUCCUCCUUCUCCGACCUUCUCCACAUGCACUUCUACGAGUCCUGCCCCUAUCUGAAGUUCGCACACUUCACCGCCAACCAGGCCAUUCUCGAGGCCUUCACCACCGCUGGGAGAGUCCACGUCAUCGAUUUCGGCCUCAAACAGGGGAUGCAGUGGCCCGCCCUCAUGCAGGCCCUCGCAUUGCGCCCUGGCGGUCCCCCAACUUUCCGCCUAACCGGAAUCGGGCCCCCGCAGCCCGACAACACUGACGCGCUGCAGCAAGUGGGCUGGAAGUUGGCCCAGUUAGCCCACACCAUCGGCGUCCAGUUCGAAUUCCGCGGAUUCGUCUGCAGCAGCCUUGCAGAUCUCGACCCAAACAUGCUAGAGAUCCGUCCCGGAGAAGCCGUGGCUGUCAACUCCGUCUUCGAGCUCCAUCGCAUGCUGGCCCGACCCGGAUCCGUCGACAAGGUCAUGGACACAGUGAAAAAGCUCAACCCCAAAAUCGUAACCAUCGUGGAGCAAGAAGCGAACCACAACGGACCGGUUUUCUUGGACCGGUUCACUGAAGCCUUGCAUUACUACUCGAGUCUCUUUGACUCGCUGGAGGGUUCUUCCUCCUCCAACGGGUUGGGUUCGCCGAAUCAGGAUCUGUUGAUGUCGGAGUUGUACCUUGGGAAACAGAUAUGCAACGUGGUGGCGUAUGAAGGCGUGGAGCGCGUGGAGCGUCACGAGACUCUGAGUCAGUGGAGGGGAAGAAUGGGUUCGGCCGGGUUCGACCCGGUUCAUCUCGGGUCUAACGCGUUUAAGCAAGCUAGUAUGUUGCUGGCUCUAUUCGCAGGCGGUGAUGGGUACAGAGUGGAGGAGAAUAACGGCUGCCUCAUGCUUGGUUGGCACACUAGGCCACUCAUCGCCACCUCCGCUUGGAAGCUUCCCGCGCCCGAGUCCUAGUGGGUUCACUCGCUGGGUUACCCGAGUUAACCAGCUGGACUGUACACUGUAGAUUAAUUGGAUCGUGGAUGACGACGACGACGAUGAUCGCGGUAAAUCGGUAAAAAUGGUUUGAUUGAACUUGUUGGAGUGGAGUGAGUCAGUGACCGAGUCAGGCAGCGAGGCAGAAGGAGGAUAAAUAAAGUGAGAGGAAAAAAAAAGCUAAAAGAAAAGAUAAAAAAAGAAAGACUGUAAUUUGUAAUUGUACUCCUAAUUACCGUUUCUCUUUUAGUGUUUUGAUUUUCCUUUCUCUA